AUGGAGAAAUAUAUUAGUGUUAAAGAUCUUGAAGACGCCGCGCUGGCAGCGCUGCCGAAGACUGUCAGGGACUAUUAUAAGAGUGGAGCGACAGACGAAUACACUUUGGCGGAAAAUAGACGAGCGUUUCAGAGAUUAAGAAUACGUCCAAAAUGUCUGGUGGGUAUCAAAGGAUGCGAUACAUCGACUACCAUUCUAGGAGACAAGGUGUCGAUGCCGGUCGGAAUCUCCCCUACAGCCAUGCAGAGAAUGGCGCAUCCUGAUGGAGAAACCGCUACCGCACGAGCUGCCCAAGCUGAAGGUGUGAUAUACACUUUAAGUACAAUCUCCACCAGUUCCAUAGAAGAGGUAGCUCAAGCAGCCCCAAACGCUUUGAAGUGGUUUCAACUUUAUAUAUAUAAUGACAGGGAAAUUACAAGAAAUCUCGUUUUAAGAGCCGAAAGGGCAGGCUUUAAAGCAAUAGCGCUGACUGUGGAUACACCUCUGUUUGGUCUAAGAAGAGCUGAUAUCAGAAAUAAGUUUACACUUCCCAAACAUUUGAAGUUAGCCAAUUUUGAAGGACAUUUAUCUGAUAAAAUACACAGUUCUGGUGAAGGCAGCGGUUUGAGUCAUUACGUUAACAAUUUGUUCGAUCCAUCGUUAACUUGGGACGAAAUAAGAUGGCUGAAGAGUAUAACCAAGCUGCCCAUCAUAGCGAAGGGCAUCCUCCGCGGUGAUGACGCGGCUCGUGCGGCGCGGGCGGGGUGCGCCGCCGUGCUCGUCUCCAACCACGGAGCGAGGCAACUGGACGGAGUACCCGCCACGAUCGAAGUUCUUCCAGAAAUCACAGCAGCAGUUGAGCAAUACAAUGUUGAAGUGUACUUGGAUGGAGGAGUCACUACAGGGACUGACGUUUACAAAGCCUUGGCUCUAGGAGCGAAAAUGGUGUUUGUUGGUCGUCCGGCGCUUUGGGGACUAGCUGUGGCCGGACAAGAAGGUGUCCAGAAAAUGUUGAACAUUAUUCGUAAAGAGUUUGAGUACACUUUACAAAUUGCGGGAACUCAAACUAUACCAGAAAUAACAAAAGACAUGGUGCGGCACGAGGCUACCUACAGUAGACUGUGA